CAUGCUCAUGACCUUCCUCAGUCGUCGUCUAUAGAUAAAAGUCAGACACAACAGGACAUUAACACUUCCUGUCAAACCUUUCAAAAUAAAAAAUGGAUCAGAGUGAGGACAGAGAGGAGGGACCCCCUCCUUGGAGUCCCCAUCAUGGACCUGGACCCGGACCUGGACCCAGCUGUAUGUCCAUGAAGAGUGAUGACUCCGUGGAACGAGAGAUAUAUUUUAAAAGAGGACAUGUUUGUGAGCCUCAUCCUGGACCCAGACUCGGACCCAGCUGUGUGUCCAUGAAGAGUGAUGACUCCAUGGAACGAGGGAUGUAUUUUAAAACAGGAUGUGCUCCAAAGACUCGACCUGGACCCAGCUGUGUAUCCAUGAAGAGUGAUGACUCCAUGGAACCCCCGCUGCUUUUUAAAAAAGGACAUGUUUGUGAGCCUCGUCCUGGACCUGGACCUGGACCUGGACCUGGACCUGGACCCGGACCUGGACCUGGACCCGGACCUGGACCCAGCUGUGUGUCCAUGAAGAGUGCUCACUCCAUGUUUCUCCCGAUAUGUUUUAAAACAGAGCAUGUUUCAGAGACUCAAGUGGAGCAGCAGAGCUCAGAGGUUCCCACUGGUCUACAGGAUCAGAUUCAGCUGGACUCCAUAUUUAAGAUGCUGGAGGAGAACAUCUGCACUUUUGUCAAGAACGAGCUGAAGAAGUUCCACAAGGUUCUGAGUCCAGAUUACCCAGAAUGCUUAAAGAGUCUUAAGGAUGAGGAUGAAGAGCAGAGGAGGAGCUCAGAGGCUUUUCUGAAGAUCACACUGAACUUCCUGAGGAGGAUGAAGCAGGAGGAGCUGGCUGAGCGUCUGCACCGCAGAAGUCAGUUUGGAGUUCAUCAGCGGAAACUGAAACGUAACCUGCAGCAGAAGUUUGAGUGUGUGUUCGAGGGCAUCGCUAAAGCAGGAAACCCCAAGACCCUCCUGAACCAGAUCUACACAGAGCUCUACAUCACAGAGGGAGGGGCUACAGAGGUCAACCAGGACCAUGAGGUCAGACAGAUUGAAACAGCAUCCAGGAACCCACACAAACCACCAACAACCAUCACAUGUGAAGACAUCUUUAAAACACCACCUGACAGAGAUCAACCAAUCAGAACAGUGCUGACAAAGGGCGUGGCCGGCAUCGGGAAAACAGUGUCCACACAGAAGUUCAGUCUGGACUGGGCUGAAGACAAAGCCAACCAGGACAUCCACUUCAUAUUUCCAUUCACCUUCAGAGAGCUGAAUGUGCUGAAACAGAAGAAGUUCAGCUUGGUGGAACUGGUUCAUCACUUCUUCAGUGAAACCAAAGAAGCAGGAAUCUGGAUCUUUGAAGACCUCCAGGUAGUGUUCAUCUUAGACGGUCUGGAUGAGUGUCGACCUCCUCUGGACUUCAACAACACUCAGAUCCUGACUGAUGCUACAGAGUCCACCUCAGUGGAUGUGCUGCUGAUGAACCUCAUCAGGGGAAACCUGCUUCCCUCUGCUCGCCUCUGGAUAACCACACGACCUGCAGCAGCCAGUCAGAUCCCUGCUCAGUGUGUUGACAUGGUGACAGAGGUCAGAGGGUUCACUGACCCCCAGAAGGAGGAGUACUUCAGGAAGAGGUUCAGAAAAAAGAAAAAGACCAAUAAAAUCAUCACCCACAUCAAGACGUCACGAAGCGUCCACAUCAUGUGUCACAUCCCAGUCUUCUGCUGGAUCACUGCUACAGUUCUGGAGGAUGUGUUGAAGACCACAAAGAGAAGACAACUGCCCAAGACCCUGACUGAGAUGUACAUCCACUUCCUGGUGGUUCAGGCCAAACUGAAGAAUGUCAAGUAUGAUGGAAGAUCUGAGACAGAUCCACACUGGAGUCCAGAGACCAGAAAGAUGAUUGAGUCUCUGGGAAAAUUGGCCUUUGAGCAGCUGAUGAAAGGAAACCUGAUCUUCUAUGAAUCAGACCUGACAGAGUGUGGCAUCGAUAUCAGCUCAGCCUCAGUGUACUCAGGAGUGUUCACAGAGAUCUUUAUAGAGGAGAGAGGACUGUACCAGGACCAGAGGUUCUGCUUCAUCCAUCUGAGUGUCCAGGAGUUUCUGGCUGCUCUUCAUGUCCAUCAGACCUUCAUCAACACUGGAGUCAAUCUGCUGUCAGAAGAACAAACCACAUCCCAGAGUACUGGCACGCACAAUGCAUUGUCAGUUGUAACACUUUUCUACCAGUCCGCUGUGGACCAGGCCUUACAGAGUCCAAAUGGACACCUGGACCUGUUCCUCCGCUUCCUCCUGGGUCUAUCACUUCAGACCAAUCAGAGUCUCCUACACAGUCUGAUGAAACCAACAGGGAGCAGCUCAAAGACCAAUCAGAAAACUGUAAACUACAUCAAGAAGAAGAUCAGUGAGAAUGUGUCUGCAGAGAGAAGCAUCAACCUAUUCCACUGUCUGAAUGAACUGGAUGCUAGAUCUCUGGUGGAACUGAUCCAACACGACCUGAGAUCAGGACGUCUGUCCACAGAACAACUGUCUCCUGCUGAGUGGUCAGCUCUGACCUUCAUCUUACUGUCAUCAGAAAAAGACCUGGAUGUGUUUGACCUGAAGAAAUUCUCCGGUUCAGAGGAGGUUCUUCUGAGGCUGCUGCCAGUGGUCAAAGCCUCCAACAAAGCUCUACUCAGUGGCUGUAACCUGUCAGAGAGAAGCUGUGAAGCUCUGUCCUCAGUUCUCAGAUCCCAGUCCUGUAGUCUGACACAUGUGGAUCUGAGCAACAAUGACCUGAAGGAUUCAGGAGUGAAGAUCCUGUCAGAUGGACUGAAGAGUCCAGGAUGCAGACUGGACACUCUCAGACUCAGUGGCUGUAACCUGUCAGAGAGAAGCUGUGAAGCUCUGUCCUCAGUUCUCAGAUCCCAAUCCUCUAGUCUGACACUUCUGGAUCUGAGCAACAAUGACCUGAAGGAUUCAGGAGUGAAGAUACUGUCAGAUGGACUGAAGAGUCCAGGAUGCAGACUGGACACUCUCAGAUUGUCAGGAUGUCUGAUCUCAGAGGUAGGAUGUUCUUCUCUGGUCUCAGCCCUAAAGUCCAACCCGUCCCAUCUCAGACAGCUAGACCUGAGCUACAACCAUCCAGGAGAUUCAGGACAGGAGCUGUCUGCUCUAGUGGAGGAUCCACACUGGAGACUGGACACUGUCAGGUUGGAGCCCAGUGGAGUCCGAUGGUUGAGACCAGGUCUGAGGAAGUAUUUCUGUGAACUCACCCUGGAUCCAAACACAGCGAACAGAGAACUCAAACUGUCUGAAAACAACAAGAAGGUGGAACAUGUGGAGGAGGUUCAGUCAUAUCCUGAUCAUCAGGACAGAUUUGAGUUCCAUCAUCAGCUGAUGUGUUCAACUGGUCUGACUGGUUGCUGUUACUGGGAGGUCCAGUGGAAUGGAUGGGUUGAAAUAUCAGUGACUUACAGAGGAAUCAGAAGGAAAGGAGACAGUACAGACUGUGAGUUUGGAGGAAAUGAUCAGUCCUGGAGUCUGGAGUGUAAUGAAGGUGGAUACGGUGUUUGGCAUAAUAAGAAAUACACACACCUCCCUCAGUCCUCCUCCUCCUCCUCCUCCUCUGGUACAGUAUCAGUGUAUGUGGACUGUCCUGCAGGAUCUGUGUCCUUCUACAGAGUCUCCUCUGACAAACUGAUCCACGUCUACACCUUCAAAACCACAUUCACUGAACCACUGUUUGGUGGCUUUAGACUGAGGACUGGAUCCUCAGUGUGUUUGUGUGAUGUGUAGAUGUGUUGUAUAGUUGUGUAGGUGCGUUGUGUUUUGUACAACAUGGAAUUGUUCAAGACAAAUCAGUUGAAUUUUAACACAAUUCUGUCUGAGUUGAUCUUCUACAAAUACACACAACAUUUAGAAACACCAAUAGCAUAAAUCAGCCUGAAUUCAACAAUUAUUUUGUUUAUUUUUGGCGCUUGUUUUGUUAAUUUUACUUUUUUUUU